AACCAGAACUCAAGGAAAUGGAUGUAAACUAAAUUUCCAUCGGACCAACAACUUAAAACCCUAACAAACAAUGAUCCUCAACACUUCAUUUCUCACAUUCAUAUUCCCCUUAAAUCUACAAACAAAUCGCAAAUCUCCACAAUUUCAUCCCCAAUUUCCACUUUUCACCUCUCCAAAACCACCGAUUUCCAUGGCGACCACCGGCGCCGGAGAAUCCACGUCACUAACUGCCACCGCAGCUCAAUCGUCUGUACCGAACUCUUCUCUUACACUAUUGUUUGUUGAAAUGGGAGUCGGUUACGAUCAGCACGGGCAGGAUGUUACGAAAGCGGCAAUGAAAGCUUGUAGGGAUGCGAUUUCUUCCAAUUCGAUUCCUGCUUUCCGUAGAGGGUCCAUACCGGGCAUUUCAUUUGACCAAAUGAAACUACAAAUAAAACUUGGAGUUCCUCGAUCUCUUCAGCCUACUUUGGAUAUCGAGAAAGUGAAGUCUGUUUUCCCUUAUGGGAAAAUAGAGAAUGUUGAAGUGGUGGAUGGUGGAUUGAUAUGCUCAAGUGGUGUGCAUGUGGAAGAAAUGGGAGACAAGGAUGAUAAUUGCUACAUAGUUAAUGCGGCUGUAUAUGUUGGCUACUGAGUUGGAUUACAAGAAAGAUUGUUAGGUGUUUUCAACUCUUUCCAACCUUUGAAGUGUUAUAUUACAAUUUUUGUUGUUAUUUAUGUUUCAUAUAAUUAUUAAGAUGUAUCGUAAAGUCGACUCAACACAUUAACAAAACAUAUGAGACACGCCCUCUCUAAACCCACAAACUAUAACAAUGUAGUGGAUAAUAACAAAAGACAGAACGUUAGUGUGUUAAUAGAGGGGGAGGUUAUAAGACAA